CCGCCCGGCUCUCUCUUCCGCAGCAAAAAAAAAAAAGAAAGCGCCCGCUAUCUCCUCCACGAAUCCUCCUCGGCGCCGCCUCGACGAAUCCUCCUCCACGCAGAGCGCCCACCUCCUCCUCCACGAAUCCUCCUCGGCGCCCCCUCGACGAAUCCUCCUCCACGCAGAGCGCCCGCCUCCUCCUCGACGAAUCGGCGACCGCCUCCUCGGCGCCCCGCUCCCAGAUUUCGGUGCCCGCGCGAACUCCGGUGCGCAUAUUUCGGUGGCCGCGUCCCGCUGUCCGCGCAGCGACCCGCCGUGGGAAUCUCGGCGAUCUCCGGUGGCCGAACAACCGGUCCGCACCCGCGCGGACUCUGGUGGCCACGCUGCCCGCGCACCGCGCACGCCGGUGGCCGCGCCCCUCGCCCCCGCCGCUCACUCGCUACCUGAGCGGCCGCGCCGGUGCCCGCUGCCCGCGCCGCGUACACCGGUGGCCACUGCUACCCGAGCGAGCCGCGCCCUGGGCCGUAACCCUAGCCGUCACCGGUUGACACAAGGUCGUUGCGGGGCGCGCCGGCGUUGGCAGGCCAUGGCAGACUACAGUGUUGCCAUGGCUGGCCCAUGCGGUGACGGUGCACCGCCUCUUCCUCUCCCCGCCGGUGGCUACGCUCACCUCCGCCCUACGCCAGCAAUGGCAGGUUUGCUGGACUGACAUUAUCCGCUAGAUGUGGGCACUCUUUAAAGAAAUUUGGGCAUCAUGGAGAAAUAUUGUUUUUACAGCCCAAGAAAAGGACCUUUUCGAUGCACUUGCUAAGCUUUCUGAAGUAUCAUAUGAUGUUGUUUAUUUCGGUGCUGACCAUAACCAUCGGUCGGUCAACCUCAAUGAGCACGACAAUGGCAAGGGCGAUGAGGCAGUGCUGUUAAAGCUUGUGAGUUCAAGUGACGAGAUGUCAUCUGAGAUUAACAAGGUAAAGAUCCAGGGCGUUGCUUCCGUCCCCCUCAGCUGUGACCCUCACCGGUGGCACUGCCAGCUUAUCUCCGCUCCUCCUAGCGCCGCCACUGCUCGUGGCUGCGUCUUCCGCCUCUGGCCCACUGAUGGCCGUGGGGUUGACCUUCGUGCCCUCGGCUCUGUGCAAGAAGCGGUCCUUAAUUGACCAAGCUCACGGCGGAGAGGAGAGGAUGCUGGAGUUCGCUCGACACUUUAGGUGGUGCAUCCACAAGGCCAGUGCGGAAGCUAUUGACGCCUUUUGCGCCCAUAUUGGUGUCCCCGGAACCGGAUGAGCAAAAACAUGCACCUCGCCUCCACGCUGAUCGUGCCCGUGCGUGGGAGGUUCCAACGCCUAAAGCUCACGGCGGACCAAGCCUAAAGUUCAGAGUACAAAAAUUUGGGAACAGGAGGUUCCAACGCCUCAACAAGCUAUUUGAUUGUUGUACUGUCCAAUCAUUUUUUAAUAUAUCUAACAUUAUCUUUAUUAGUUGUUUUUUGAAUCUCUAAUGGUGUGUGAUCUACUGCGUUCAAAUAAUUUGCCCUCAAAUCCAAUUGAUAGCCUAAUCCAACCGCUCUGCGGGAUGGUAUGGAGAUAUGGUGAAACUUA